AUGAUCUGGCUGCCCAUGUUGUCUGUGUCUCUUGCGUUCCGACCAAUCAAUGGACGGGCGGACUCUAUCGAUACGUGCCCGUCGUCUGGUUGCAGUGUUACCCAUACGAUGGCAGAGGUCGGCGGCUCCUUCAAAGACUCCCUUACUCAGGCUCAAAAGGAUGAGUUGAGAUCGAUUGCAGAGAAGAUUGUUGCUGAUGGAAAAGGAAUUCUCGCUGCUGAUGAGUCUACUGGUACCAUAGGAAAACGUCUCUCCUCCAUCAACCUUGAAAACAAUGAGACGAACAGACAGAGAUACAGACAACUGCUGUUCACCACACCAAACCUUGGUGAGCACAUCUCCGGAGUCAUCCUUUUCGAAGAAACUUUCCAUCAGUCAACUGACAAAGGAGAGAAGUUUGUGGAUUUACUCAACAAGCAAGGAGUCAUCCCUGGGAAUCAAGCUCGAUCUCGGUGUCGUUCCCCUAGCUGGAACUCUCGGAGAAACAACCACCCAAGGCUUAGACAACCUUGCUCAGAGAGCCGCUGCUUUAAGAAGGGAGGAUGUGGUUUCGCGAAGUGGCGUUGUGUAUUGAACAUUGGACCUCACACUCCUUCCCACUUGGGAAUGUUGGAAAACGCCAACGUUCUGGCCAGGUACGCGACUAUUUGCCAAGCAAACGGUCUUGUCCCCAUCGUUGAGCCUGAAGUUUUGUGUGACGGUGAUCACGACAUCCACCGCGCUCAGAAGGUCACCGAGCAGGUGUUGGCCUACGUCUAUAAGGCUUUGGCUGAUCAUCACGUCUACCUCGAAGGUACCUUGUUGAAACCAAACAUGGUCACACCUGGUGUGGAUUGCCCGAACAAGGUAAGCCACGAAGAAAUCGGUUUGGCCACAGUCACAGCUCUUCGCCGAGGAGUCCCAGCUGCUGUUCCCGGAAUCACGUUCCUUUCUGGUGGUCAAUCCGAGUUGGACGCAACCGCUAACCUCCAUGCUAUCAACACGGCGAAGCCGCUGAAGCCGUGGAAGCUCACAUUCUCCUACGGUCGUGCCCUGCAGGCUUCCGUGUUGAAGGCAUGGCAAGGCAAGGACGAGAACAUCGAGGCAGCUCAGAGGGUCUUCAUUCAUAGAGCUAAGGCUAAUGGAAUGGCUGCUCUUGGCAAGUAUGAAGGUGAAGAUGCUGCUGGUGCUGCUGCAGAGUCCCUCUUCAUUGCUAAGCAUGCCGUAUUGAUCGAAUGCCGUCGGUUACUAUUCGGCUGCCCAUCAGUUUGUGGUAACUACGCGUAG